AUGGUAUCCACAGCCCUCCUCUGGCUGGUGCUGAUGUGUUUUAUCCUUCUGACCAUUGGUGGGAACAUGCUAGUAUGUUUGGCUGUUGGGCUCAGCCGUCGAUUAUGGAGGAUUGGUAACUGCUUUGUGGUGUCCUUGGCUGUGACGGACAUGCUGCUGGGGCUGCUGGUGCUUCCAUUCUCUGCCUCCGUGCAGUUGCGCAGUGGGAAAUGGGAUCUUGGAGGAGCCUUGUGUAACAUAUACAUCUCAUUGGAUGUCAUGCUGUGUACAUCCUCCAUUCUGAACCUGCUGGCCAUCAGCGUGGACCGAUACCUGGCGAUUUCAGCUCCCCUAAGAUACUCCCGGCGGGUUACCCCACUCACAGUGACACUGGCCAUAAUUGCCAUGUGGGCCUUGGCAGUAACUGUGUCCUUUUUGCCCAUCCACAUGGGGUGGAACACAGCUGACUACACGGUGCAACAUCUGGACUGGGAAAUGGGAGAUGAGGACGACAAGGGACGCUAUUGCCAAUAUGAAUGGAUUAACAACUAUGUUCUUAUCUAUUCCCUUGGGUUUUUUUACAUACCACUACUGAUAAUGUGUGUAAUGUAUUUUUGCAUAUUCCAAGUGGCACGGCAACAGGUACAACGCAUCCGUGCAGCCACUCCAUCAUUUGCACGGAUGGCAUCAACAGCGACCAUAGCACGAGAACACAAAGCUACAAUGACUCUGGCGGCGGUGGUUGGGGCAUUUACCAUUUGCUGGUUUCCCUACUUCACCUUCUUCACCUUCAUGGGCUUGAGGGCAGAAACUAUUAUCCCACCCAAUACACUGUAUUCUGUGGUCCUGUGGUUGGCCUAUUUUAACUCGGCUCUGAAUCCAAUCUUGUAUCCAGCCUUCAACAGAGAUUUUCGCAGAGCCUAUGGAGAGCUGCUUCGCUGCAGACGACCAUUCUGCAGAAAAAUGCAGUUUUCCCACUGUGCAUCCAUGCAGAGGCAGUUUUCCCUGAUUAAUGGUCACAGGGCUUCCCAGAAAUAUCGGGAUCAAUUGGACUCAGUUAAUAAGGACAGCUGGUCAGAGGGCAACAGUCUAACUCUUCACGAGUGGAGCGGCACUCCUAGCCAAAAUAAAAUGACACGGAGCUGCUGAUGUCGUACUGCAAAGCAGUUUCUCUACAUCUCCACACAACCACAUGCAGUCGGUGUGAGCAUGUGAGCAGUGUUGGUGCUUGGUGCUUCGCUCAGGGAGACUUUGACACUGGUUUGUGACUUCUACUGACAGUCGGCUACAGAUUAUGAAUUGAAAAGCUGUUCCACAAUACAAGGUUCGCUAAUCAUUUACAGUGCCAGUGCCAAAGAUGACUGAAAAGUGGCACUUUAAGUAAAAAAAUUAAAUGUGACAAAUUGAAGAGAGGGUGAUUUUUUAUGUAUUUGUAUACAGUAUCUGUGUUACUUUAUUUAAUAUAGCAGCAAGAGAAGAAAAGAUAGACACCCAGGAAGAAUAGACUUGGCUCAGUUGCUUUGAAUUGCUAAAAAUAAUGGAGUACAGUAAGACCUCAGUAUGUUGUGGGGAUACAUUUGUUUUUCCUGCAAAAGUAAUCAAUCAUAGGAACAUUUGUGAAAAUCCAUCCACAAUUAGCACUUUGUGAUUUGGUGUUGUAUAAGUAAACUGAAUAGAAGUAAAGAUA